ACAUAACCCACUACAUGAUUUCUGGCUAUAUUAAUAGCAUGUCUUGGUGUGCCAUUUAAAGGGUUUACCAGCAUUUCUAUACAAUCCUUAGGAAUGAUCAUUAUUUCAAUGACCAUCCAGCCCUUCAAUAAAAGUAUAACACAUGUGGGUGUCUAUUGUAGGUAUGCAGCUGGCUCCCAGUUCCUUGUGGUGAAGAGGGCCACGCCAAGCAACAUCAUGGCCACACCAAUGUCAUUGGCCUUGGGGACUCGAGUGUAUGGAAGGUUCCCUACUUGAGUUGUACUGUGUACAUGUUCUUGGCCCCGUUGACUCUGCCAGUCCUUACCUUGCUUGUAGGGCUCAGAUAUGUGAUGCAGAUGCCACUUUCCCGAGCUCUGUGCAGCCUAUCCUGCAUCUCUCUAGGUCUGUGGGGCCAUUGCUGGCUACUCGCUCAGAUCUCAGGGUUGGGUCUAGGAUCUGCCAUCGGAUGCAUGUUCCUCUCCCGGUCCAUGAUGGCUAUUCCUUUCAUACAUGUUAAUAUAUUUCAGCACAUAGGGCUUCCCAUGUUCUCCCCAACUCAAUGUCCUUGGCGGCUGAAAAUCAUGACUCGCUCUAUGCUGAAUUUGACUCGGAACCUGAUCCUGGACUGGACAUAUGGACAUUCGCUCAUCAGCUGCCACGUGGAGCACCACCUCUUCCCAAUGCUCUCGGAUCACAUGUGCCUGAAGAUGAAACCAUGGUAUCCAGUUUUCUGCGCACACACUAUCUCCCAUACCAGGAAGACACUUAUAUAUACCGUCUACAGCUGUUUCUGAGUAACUACAAUGAACUGAUGGUCCAGGCUCCCCCCAUUAUAUAGUUGGUGGAGCUUCAAUAAGAUGCCCACAAGGGCAGAAGAGAUUUCCUGAAUACUGAGUGCAAUUCAGCAAUGCCAGGACUAGGAAAGCAGAUGAACAUUACAACUUACAUAUUUUAGAAUUGUAUAGAACUUCUUUUCUAAUUGUAUUACCUACCAGACUGGUAGCAGAUGGUUUUGGUAAAUUGUAUAGCUAUACUGUGUAACUAUGUAAUAGAGAAGAAUAUUCAUUUAUUGGAUGAUAUAUUUGAGAUG